GUGCAAUAACUCAGACCUUGGUUAGUAUGGAUGACGCUGGAAACUUUGUAGGAUACAGUGCAAGCAUCACGUCUCCGGUUGAUUAUAUUGGCUUGUGUGAACACUAAUAUAUAUAUAUUUAUUUUUCAUCAAAUGACAAUGUUUGUUUUCAUGCAGGGUUAAUAUAAUUACGUCUAAAUACUGUAGUAGUUGCAUUCUGAAAUGGAAACGGCUCCACUGUCCUGUCACUGUCCUUGGUGCUGAAGUGCUUUGCUCUGAGAUGCAGUCGUCAUUAUUAUCGUUGAGAUUUCUAAGACUUUGAAGAGGCCAUUCAUUUAGGAUCCACUUGUAUGUUUUAUUUAUAAUGCAGUUAAUUAUAUAAAUAAUAACAAAUAAAUAAAUAAAUAAAUAAUAAAAAACGACAACCCAUAACUUCAGAUUCAUUUAAUAGCAAGCAAGUUUUGCGUUAUUAUCAUUCGUUCUUCUUUAAAAUUUACAGGUCACUAGCAAUGUGUAUUUUUUAUGUCAUAAGGGGACAUGUGACAGUAACUUUGAAAUCCGCUGUUAUCAAAAAAUGUUUUAAAAAGAAAAAGAAAGAGGAAAAAGAGAAGAAAGUGCCAGUGGUCUUUUUGCUUUGUGUCACACACUUUUUGCUUUUUUCCAGUUGAAUUAAUCUUUUUCUAACAGUGAAAGUCAGUAUUUUCUGCAUUCUUUAAUUCACUUAACAGACGUACGUGCCUUCAAAGUGAAAUCAUUACGUUAUUUCUACAGAGAUAGUGUGCAGAGUGAUGAACGUGGUCAUUGGCUUUUCUAGUUUCAUAUUAUACCCUCUAAGUGACGCUGUUGCCUGGUAAAUCUAUUCUGCCAUGCAUUUCGAGACAGGGCUGUUUCCACCCCCAUCACUGCGUUUUGUAACGGCAGAUGAUCUGCUUUUCAUAGGAGCUGGAUCAAAUAGAAUACACACCUGCUUUUUUAUUUAACGUCAUAUAUCGACCUAGGGUGUGUGAGUCUUCCUCUCUAAGUUAAAGCCCUCGAUCCAUUGCUCGGUUUUGGUUUUUAAGACCUGUUUUCAAAAAUGGCAUUUGGAGUAGAACAUCGAGACCGAGUUGUAAGAUGGCGAAUGCAACUUACAGCCAGCCUGUUUGUUUUUCACGUCCUUUUUCUUUAUCGAGCGGAGGCACAGAUCCGAUAUUCGAUCCCAGAGGAGCUGAAAACAGGGUCCCUUGUUGGAAAUGUGGCACAAGAUCUUGGCUUGGAUCUAAAAAGGCUUCGUUCUGGACGGGCCCGUAUCGUUACGGGAGAAAGCAUUCAGUACACAGAGCUGAAAACAGACAAAGGGACUUUAGUUGUGAAUGAGAGAAUAGACCGAGAGCAGCUUUGUGGGGAUUUGACUCCAUGUAGCUUUACCUUUGAGAUUUUAUUGGAAAAACCGAUGGAGCUGCACCCUGUGACGAUAGAGGUAUUGGAUGUAAAUGAUAACGCUCCCACUUUUCAGAACAGUCACUUGGAAUUUGAAAUAAGCGAAUCUGCUGCGCUCGGUUCCCGUUUUGUGCUGGAGAGUGCGGAGGACGCUGAUGUUGGGCAAAACAGUCUGCAGAACUACAUUUUAACUCCGACAGACAAUUUUGUGUUGAAACAAUAUGUUAAUCCGGAUGGAAGUAAAUAUGCUGAAAUGAUGCUUCAGAAGCCUUUAGACAGAGAGGUACAGCCACGCCUAUCUUUAAAACUGUUGGCCGUUGAUGGUGGAAAUCCACAGAAAUCUGGGACAGUAAAUAUAGAGGUAAACGUACUAGAUGCGAAUGACAAUGCUCCGGUGUUUAAUCAAUCCUUAUAUAAGGCCGCGGUGAUUGAAAAUGCCCCAAAAGGCACGCAUGUUGUUACAGUGAAUGCGAGCGACAUUGAUACCGGUUCAAAUGGAAAAGUGGCAUAUUACUUUUCAAAAUCAAAGGCAGGGAUAGCUGAUUUAUUCGAUAUAGAUGAAGCUACUGGUCGAAUAUAUGUGGCAAAGGAAAUCGACUUUGAAAUGGACAAAAAGAUUGAGUUCAGAGUUGAAGCGAAAGAUCAAGGGGGACUGACAGAUUCUAGUAAAGUUGAAAUUGAGGUCUUGGAUAUAAACGAUAAUGCACCGGUCAUUAACGUGAUGUCAUUCACUAGUCCUGUGUCAGAAGACUCAGCUCCGGGUACCACUCUUGGCAUUAUUAAUGUGAAAGAUCUUGAUUCGGGUGAAAACGGACAGGUAAGGUGCACGAUCGAAGGCAGUGUUCCUUUUAAAAUUAAAUCCAAUGUGAGAAGUUAUUAUACACUGAUAACUGAUGCUGCCUUAGAUCGUGAAAGUUUGUCAGAAUUUAACAUCACCGUUAUUGCCUCAGACGCGGGCUCCCCUCCGCUGUCAACCAGAAAAACUUUUAAUCUAAAGGUGUCAGAUGUUAAUGACAAUUCCCCAAAAUUUCCUCGAAAUUUUUAUAGGGCUUGGAUUGUGGAAAAUAACUCUCCUGGUCUUUCUAUCAUGACUGUUAAUGCUAAAGACCCCGAUGAAAACCAAAACGCCCGCGUUUCCUACAUUUUGGAAGAUUGUGAGAUUAAUGGGUCUCCAGUAUCUGAAUACGUUUCUGUUAAUGCAGAAAGUGGAGUGGUGCAUGCAGUGCGUUCGUUUGACUAUGAGCAAAUCAAACAACUGUUAUUCAUUGUAAAAGCGCAGGAUGGAGGCUCUCCUCCACUCAGCAGCAACGUGACUGUGAAAAUAAUGAUCCAAGACCAGAACGACAACCCCCCUCAGGUUCUGUACCCAGUCCAGACUGGUGGCUCUCUGGUGGCUGAAAUGGUGCCUCGUUCAGCAGAUGUGGGCUAUCUGGUGACUAAAGUGGUGGCUGUUGAUGUGGACUCUGGACAGAAUGCCUGGCUCUCCUAUAAACUGCAGAAAGCCACAGACAGGGCGCUGUUUGAAGUGGGCUUACAGAAUGGAGAAAUCAGAACUAUCCGCCAAGUCACUGAUAAAGAUGCUGUCAAACAAAGACUGACUGUUAUAGUGGAGGACAACGGGCAGCCCUCUCGUUCAGCUACAGUCAUUGUUAACGUGGCGGUGGCGGACAGCUUCCCUGAAGUGCUGUCGGAGUUCACUGAGUUGACCGACAAGGAGUACAAUGACAACCUGACUUUUUACUUAGUCUUGGCUCUGGCUGUAGUUUCCUUCCUCUUCAUCACGUGUUUAGUGGUUAUUAUAUCAGUCAAAAUCUACAGGUGGAGACAGUCUCGCAUCCUGUAUCACUCCAACCUGCCUGUCAUUCCAUAUUAUCCACCACGUUACUCAGACACUUUGGGCACAGGGACUCUGCCACAUGUGUACAAUUACGAGGUGUGCAGGACGACUGACUCCAGAAAGAGUGACUGUAAGUUCGGCAGAGCUGGUAGUCAGAACGUGCUGAUAAUGGACCCCAGUUCUACAGGAACGAUGCAGCGGAUACAGAGUGAAAAGAGCAUCCUGGAUGAACCAGACUCUCCUCUGGAGGUUUGUCAUUUCAUAUAGACACAUCUGUUCCUUAUCCUUUAUGUAAUUGCUUCAAUGAAAUAGCUUCUCAAUGUUGCAAAAUUUCCAGCAACAAGAACAGAGUCUUAGUUUACAUUAGCAGUCAGGUAAUUCUAGGUUACCACAAUUGACACAUUCUCCACACAUCCUCCAGAAUAAUCAGGGGUAGAGGCCAAUAUUUUUCUUUUAGUAUAAAUAAAUGGGUUUUAAUGUUCUAAACAUGUCUUUGCAGUGUCUUCUGACAUUUUGUUUAAUGAUAUUAUUUGGUUUCCACAACAUUCUAAAGAACGAGACUACCCUGAAAGUUUAGUAAAAAACAUUUUAAUGUUAAGCAGAGCAAUCAUUCACACAUAUCUUAAUAGCAUUCUUAUGUUAUGUCUUUCCCAUGAAAACAUUUCAUGACAAGACAGUUGAGUGCCAAAAUACUUUCUAGUGAUUCUAAAUUACUCAUUAUAAGAUCCUGAGGACACAUGAAUUAUUUUAGCAACUGAUAUAUAGAUUUAUACAUAUAUUCCUUAAAAAGUAAUACUUCCGUUUUCUUUCUCUUUUUUCCUUUUUUUUAUUUUUAUUUUUUUUAUUUUUUGUUGCAACGGUUUCUUCUGUUUACCGGGUUUAGAAAUUACUUGAAUGAUAAUCUCUCAUUAUUCUAGUGGGUCCAUUUUAACUAUAUCUCCUCACAAAAUUCGUUGCGACAUACAUGCUGAAGUGAAAAUAUUUUAUUGAACAUGGUGUUUUGAUAUCAUUUCAUAUUGAUUUCCACGCAAGAUAAAAUGUGUUGAUGUUGGGUUUGCGGUGUUGCUUCUGAAAUUCAGGAAUCAUAUGACUUCCACGUUUUAUACUCUAAGGGACGCUGUUGGCCAGUUAAAUAUUUUCGGUCUUUCGUUGUCAUCCAGUCCAUCCCCUCAGUGAUCAUACAUUAAGGGCAGCUCAUUGUCUUUUGUCAAGAUUUCGUUUGAACGAGGACUCACAACUUUAUAAAGGUUGUUGACAAUUGUAAAUGUAGCUUCAGGGAUGAUAGACUAGGACAUUAUUUAAACUACCUGAACGGAAAAAUCGUUCGUUCUCUACAUAUAUAUAUUCUGUCUGAGUGAUGGCGACUUUAACAUGCCUGAGUUGCGUAUCCGAAUGGCGAUCACUUUGUGGAGUACGACGUCACAUAGGAUUUCUUCUGUUGCUGCUUCUUGCUGUUAACAUGGUAGGUGGUCAGAUUCGGUAUUCUAUACCUGAGGAGAUGAAGAAAGGCUCUGUUAUUGGUAAUGUGGCGCAGGAUCUUGGCUUGGAUCUGAAAAGGCUCCGCUCAGGGCGGGCCCGUAUCGUGACCGGAGAAAACGUUCACUACACCGAGCUGCAGACAGACAAAGGGAU